GAGGGAAGAACCCGCAUCGGAUCAGCAACGACCAAUGCGAUGCCGCCACACCCAUCGCGGGUAUUUUGGGUGCGAAAAGGCUCACGAAUAGGUGACGCAUUCGAACAGAUUCGGCCAGGUCAGGUCUCGGGGGAUUCCCGGGCUGGAGAUGCUUGCGACGAUGCGCACCGGGGGCAGCCAUCGAAGAAGGCGUUCACGCUAAGAACAAUGAUGUAUGCCGCUAGCGGUUGUGGUCUCUUUUAAUACGCGCUCCUCGCUCAGAAUACGCAUUCCGGCAUCUCAACAUCUUCAUCAGCAACACCAACAUGCAACAAGAUUCGCCACUCACGGAAGCUACGUCGACUUCAAGGGGAGGGUCUCUCCUAAACUCACGGGAGUCCUCUCCAUACGAGCAUAAUGGAAAAGUUAAGUCAAGAGCAUCGAAGAUAACGAGGAAGUCUCAUCGCAAGUCACGGGCUGGGUGUGUCAAUUGCAAGUCGCGUCGCAUCAAGUGCGAUGAGGGCAAGCCAUUCUGCACCAAUUGUAAACGGCGGCAAAUCCGCUGCGAGUAUCCGGCAACGUCUACUGCUGCUCCAGGAAACACCGACCUACGACAACCCGGUGGCCUUCCAAUAUCUGAGAUUGAACUCACAUAUCACUGGACUACAACGACAUGCCACUCGUUGUCAGCAUGGCCUGCUGGUGCUGCACGCGUACAAUCAACCACAGAAGAAAUCGCAUUCAGAAAUGAACACGUCUUACACCUCAUAUUCGCAUUUACGGCUCUCCACCUCGCUACAUGCCGACCAGACCGCAAAGAAUCCUAUACCGCUACUGCAAACCAUCACUACGAAUGCGCCCUAGCACUUGUCACUCCAGAGAUAGCCAAGCUCAACCCCUCCAAUUGCGACGCGGUCCUUCAAUCUGUCCAACUAAUCUGCUUUGUCAGUUGGGCAAGGGGACCACAGGCUGGUGAAUACCUUGCUUUCGGUAAGCACGGUAGAUCAGAGUGGCUGGUCAUGUUUCGGGGUAUCCGUACGACACUCAGCGCCUUUGAGGUAGAAAACUUCGCGAAGACGCAUGCGCCAUCAGUCCGUAACAAAGGUCGGCUUUUGCCACCAACAGAGGGACCAUUCGAGUACGAAAAGCAUCUUGAAGAGCUGAAAGAGCAUAUCGACAUUGUGUCUGAGGCUUCUCACCGCGACGACAACGUGCUUAGUGUAGAUAUCCUACAGGAAAUGUAUUCGAAUCGUUACGGUGGCAAAGACGGCGAAUACCACGUGGCGUUCGGAUGGCUCUACCGAAUGAGCGACGGUUUCCUCGAUCGCCUACAACAAUGCGAUCCGCUAACACUCAUCAUUUACGCGCACUUUGUCGUUCUGAUACUUGACAUGGAAAGAUUUUGGUACAUGAAAGGGUGGACACAUCAUGUUAUGAGUGGAAUAUUCGAAGCUCUGCCCACGGAGCACAAGCCCUGGAUACGCUGGCCCAUGGCCUGUGUCGGGUGGAUAGCACCUUAAUGCAUCUACUGUCUGUUUGUGGUAGACUCAAUUGACUCCUAAGAAGCAUCACGUGUAUCUUCAAUUGAGGCGUAUAUUUUAGAUUGUUUUCCUGAAGUCUGGGGCUGCUCUCCAACAGUAGGCAUCAUGUUCAUCUCUGAAGCGUCAUAUCGUGUUCAGAUCCGAGACAGUCAUGAUAUCCGUGGUUGAGUAUGUUUAUGCCCGCAUUGCGGCCUUGGUGAAAAUUCAAUCAAAAAGACCCAAAUCCUACUCGUU